UCGCGCGGCGCAGCCUGGGGUUUCCGGCGCUCGGGCUCGGCUGGACCCGUACGGGCUGGGAGGCGGCAGAGGCGGUGGCCGCGAGGGAGCGCGUCCCUCCCUCCCCGCCAGGCUUUCAAUGACAGCGUGAGCCCCAGCAGCUGGUCUGGAGCUGUGCACGAGCAGGAGCGUUUCCACCUUCCCUCAGUAAACCAUGGCAUAUCAGCUGUACAGAAAUACCACCCUGGGGAACAGUCUUCAGGAGAGCCUGGAUGAGCUCAUACAGUCGCAGCAAAUCACCCCUCAGCUUGCUCUGCAAGUGCUACUUCAGUUUGACAAGGCUAUAAAUUCAGCAUUGGCGCAGCGGGUCAGGAACAGAGUCAAUUUCAGGGGCUCCCUGAAUACAUACAGGUUCUGUGACAAUGUAUGGACAUUUGUACUGAACGAUGUUGAAUUUAGGGAGGUUACUGAACUCGUGAAAGUGGAUAAAGUGAAAAUUGUAGCAUGUGAUGGAAAAAAUACUGGUUCCAAUACUGCAGAAUGAAUAGAAAUGUGGUUUGUGUGCAACAUUUUCUGUUAAUAUGCAGCACUUUCAGGAGAGAAGCGUGGAAAAGGACUGUUCAUAAUUUAUUGUAGUGAUGCAGAUAUAAACCAAUACAUCACAGAAUGGCAGCAGGAAGAGACCUUUGUAGCAUUUCUUCGGUUCACCUUAUAGGGCAUGAAGAAAACAGUUACUUUUUUAAAUGACAAAACAAAUAUUGUUGUCCUUUUUUGUUCAAAGUAAUUUCUCUAAUAAAACUUUUUAUUUAAAAAAUUCUAGAGGGGUAAGUGGAGGUUCAUUGAAAACAACCUGCCACAAAAAUACUCCAGGCCCUGAGUGAACUGUGGUUGGUGUAAGAAACUAGAUAUACAGGCUUUCUUGGGCUACAUCCAUUAUUUCUGGGAGGACUCUAGCUUGCAGUGUUUUUAAUAUCCUGGACAUUGAAAAUUAUUAUAAUCUUGCUCAAAUGCUCUCCUUGUCCAAUUUUUUCAUAUGCAUUGAUUUAAAGGAGUUGACUUACUGCUUUUUAUCCACAGAUUAAAUUAAAAGCCAACUGAAAAUACAGAAUUGCAGAAACAGGCUGGGAAGGGACCUCAAGAAGUCAUUUAACUCAUUCUCAUUCUAAAGCAGAAUGAAAUGGACCUAAAUGAAAUAUUUGUCACCUUUUUUUUUUUUUUUAAACUUCCAAUGAGAGGGACAUUGUGUCCUCCCUCAGCAGCCUGUCCAGUUACUUGACCAUACUUACAGUUG